AUGUCAGGCCAAUUUCCCGUCUCCGACCUCCCUGCCGACGCCAUUGCGGCCCUUCGAUUUUCACCCCAUCCAAACUCACAGCGCUUCGCGGUUGCUUCAUGGGAUAAACAUGCCUACCUUUACGAAGUGACCGAUGGCAAGACGUGUACCCAACUCGCUAAGUUUGAGCACCGCGCACCGGUUCUUGAUGUGUGUUUCGGUAAUAGUGACGAUGAAAUCUACACGGCAUGUUUGGACUGGGAUGUGAGGAGAAUCGACGUCCCCUCUGGUACACAGACCGUCUUGAGCACACACGACAAUGGAGUUCGAUCCAUCGUAUACAGCAAGGAGCAUUCACUGGUUGUCUCCGCAGCAUGGGACUCAACGGUGCACAUACAUCCCGGUGGAGAUGCAGGAUGGUCAACCGCUACGAUCAAUUUGCCGUCAAAACCGUUCUCCCUGGCUGUUUCACCCUCGAAGCUGGUGGUAGCCAUGGCUAAUCGGGCAGUUCACAUCUACGAGCUCAAGACUCUAGCGAGCGAGUGCAGAAGUUCGGCGAAUUCAUUACAGAACAGACUCGACAUCGAACCAUGGCAACGAAGAGAGAGCAGUUUGAAGUUUAUGACGCGGGCAGUGGACUGCAUGCCAAAUGAUGAAGGUUAUGCAUCAUCAAGUAUCGAAGGCCGAGUUGCAGUGGAGUGGUUCGAUCCGUCCAACGAUUCACAGGCUCGCAAGUAUGCAUUCAAGUGUCAUCGACAGCCGAUUGAUGAAGUCGAUGUUGUUUACCCGGUCAACGCCAUUGCAUUUCAUCCCAUCCAUGGCACAUUCGCGACUGGCGGCGGUGAUGGGGUGGUCGCCAUCUGGGACGCUGUUGCAAAACGAAGGAUCCGUAUCUACCCCAAGCUUGCCUCAAGUGUCGCUGCUCUGUCUUUCAGCGCGAAUGGAAAAUAUCUGGCCAUUGCUAUCAGCCCAGGUUUCGAAGACGGCAAGGAUGAAAUCACCGAAGGGUCUAUCGGGAUUUUCAUUCGCGAACUCAGCGAGAAUGAGGUCAAGAGGAAAGCAAAAUGA